UAGGCACAGAAAACACAACUUAUGCCUUUAGAUACCGUCCGAUACCGUACUCAGAAAAGCACACGUUCCUUUAAUCUCCGCCGUCCAAUCCCAUCAAAGGCUGUCACCACCAACCCCUAUAUAUAACCAUUACAUUCUACCACUUUUAAACUUUUCAAUUGGUUGGCGAUUUAACACAGAGUUUUUAGAGAGAGAAAUCUGUUCUUCGUCUUCUGAGAAGCUAUGGCACGUACCAAGCAAACCGCUCGCAAGUCCACUGGAGGAAAGGCUCCAAGGAAGCAACUUGCUACCAAGGUUUGUUUCUGUUUUCCCCCUUGUUCUGUAGAAUUAUUUGUUAUUUCUCUUUCAUGUGGAUGAGUUUAUGUGAGGAAUAGAUUGUAAAAUUGGUUGUUAAUUGUAUGUUUCAGGCUGCUCGUAAGUCUGCUCCCACUACUGGUGGUGUGAAGAAGCCCCACAGAUACAGACCUGGAACUGUUGCUCUUCGGUGAGUAGUUGCUGUUGAUCCUUUUGAGUCUUUGUUAGUUUUCCUUUAUGUAAGAUAUGUAAUCCUUGUGGUAUGUUGAUUUUGUUCUUUACAUGUUUGUCUCUGGUUUGUAGUGAAAUCCGUAAGUACCAGAAGAGUACUGAACUCUUGAUCAGGAAGCUUCCUUUCCAGAGGCUUGUUCGUGAAAUUGCCCAGGACUUCAAGACUGAUCUGCGUUUCCAGAGUCAUGCAGUCCUUGCAUUGCAGGAGGCAGCUGAGGCCUACCUUGUGGGUCUGUUUGAGGACACCAACUUGUGCGCCAUUCAUGCUAAGCGUGUUACAAUCAUGCCCAAGGACAUCCAGCUUGCUAGGAGGAUCAGGGGUGAACGUGCUUAAGUUCUGUUAGGAUCAGGCCUCCUGUAGAAUGGUAGCUUUUGGUGGUGGUGUUAUGAAUGCUAUAAAUAGUUUAUAGGACAAGACCUUUUGCUUGCGUUGUAGUUAUGUGUUUUGGCCAUUAGUAUUGGGGUGGUGUAUGCCAGUAUAAACUGAUAUUGUUUUCACUGUUUUGUUUUGGGAAUGGUCUGAAGGAUGGCUGGCAUGAUCAGACUGUUUAUUUCUGCUUUUGUGUUUGAAUCUUUUGUCACACCUCUGGUGUUUGAACAAUUCCAAUCUAAUGGUAGUUUGAUAUUUGUUUAUCUUUUAUUGCUAUCAAUUUUCUUUCUUCCUCACUUCACUAUAUUGGUUUCUUCUGAUUUGUUUCGAUCGUCAUGAAAUUCUGAAGUCUUGGAAUAGUGCCAUGGCUUUAUACCUUUGGUGAAUUCUAUUUCUUGAUAUGGUUAAUGCUGUGUAUGUUCUACAUUCUCCCCGGAAAUGGGAGAUUGAUGAUGUUUGAGUCGUCUGUUAAACAAUGAACAGUUGUCCUGUAACUGUGCUGGAUCAAUGGAAGUUCAAUGUACUGUAACUGUGAUAUUGAUGAAAUGGUCAAAGAAACAAUUGUGGUGCAAAAGUAUGUUCGUUUGGUUGAAUCCAUCGGAUAGGCAGUUGGGGGUUUUAUAUGAAGCAUUGCUUGAUAUACUUGUGGGCUAGGCCAGCCUAAAUCAAGCUUGUUGAGGAGCCAAUAGCUUUGAUAGUAAUGGCCGGUUGGAGUUUGGUCCUUUUGUUUGGGUGUAUUACGCAUUUGGUGUUUGAAGUUAUUGAUAGUAAUGGCAUGUUAGAGUUUGGUCAUUUUUUCUUGAUAUAUUAAGCAUAUGGUGUUUGAAGAAGUUGUUUACUGGGUUUGAGCCGGAGUAAGUACUUUAAUCAUUGCUGCCCUCUAGGUGUUUUUUGAAUGUCUCUUGAAGCUUUGUUUUGUAUGGUCUCUCUUUAGCCAAAUCUUGGAAUCCCAAAGUUCCCCCUAUACUCUUGUUAUUAGGCAACCAGUGCCAAAAUGCAAAAUGUUGUCCAUAUUUUCUCGUUGGAGAAACUGUGACACACUGGAAUGGCAGCCCAAAGCCUCCAAAGGCAAGAAGUUUAGAUUUGAAGUUCCAUGUCAGCGCAAUAUCAAUUUCUUUCCAUUGGUCUUGGGCUUCAAUCCUAUGCCCAAUAUCAAUAAUACUUAUUUGUCGGGGUUACAUAUUUUGUCUGCUCCCCGAAUAUAGUUUUAGCUAAGCUAUCUUUUGACUAUACUUCGCCCUCUUCCAGAGUAGUCUAGAUAUCUAGUCUUUUUGUAAGUUAAGCGAAAGCUUUCUAGUAUUAAAAAAAAGAAAAAUACAUAUCUCCAUUCCAAUAAAAUCGCUUCUUGUAUUUCUAGACUUUCUUCUCCAACUCUAUUUGGUGUUUGACUUCUUCAAGAACCUUAAUCCCAUUAUAAAUAAGUAAUAUGAUUUCGUCAUUUUGAAUUUACUAGUAUUUCGUUGAAAUGAGGAGGUAAUUCAUUAGUAUGGCUUAUACUUAUUGACACGAGAUGAUGAGAGCUUUCAACAUGCGGACAUG